AUGUCGAGUGCCAGGAACCUCACAGCUGCUCUGCGGCGAGCACGCGUGCCCCGUCCGCGUCUUGCUCUGCGUCCCGUCCAAUUCACACCCUUGACCUCAACCACCCGGACCUUUACCUCCAGCUCCACCCGCACCUCCGACUCGCGCCAGAUUAAAUAUACCAGCGAAGCCUACAAUGUCCAGCGCAACCCCAACUUCGCCGAGAUCUCCGCCGAGGAUGUCGCACACUUCAAGGAGCUGCUGGGCUCUCAAUCGGCCGUGAUUGACGGCGUGACCACCGACGCAGCCGACGACAUCGAGCCCUUCAACAGCGACUGGAUGCGCAAGUACCGUGGCCACACCCGGCUUGUGCUGAAGCCCCAGAACGCGCAAGAGGUCAGCAAGGUCCUCAAGUACUGCAAUGAGCGCAAGCUGGCCGUCGUGCCGCAGGGUGGAAACACAGGACUGGUCGGUGGUUCGGUACCAGUGUUCGAUGAGAUUGUCAUCAACACCUCGCGCAUGAACCAGAUUCGCUCAUUCGAUGCCGCGUCUGGCGUGCUGGUCGCGGAUGCCGGUGUCAUUCUCGAGGUCGCGGAUCAAUACCUCGCCGAGCGGGAGCACCUGUUCCCUCUGGACCUGGGUGCCAAGGGAUCCUGCCACAUUGGAGGCAAUGUCUCCACCAACGCUGGUGGCCUGCGUCUGCUGCGCUACGGAAGUUUGCACGGUAGCGUGCUCGGCCUCGAGGCGGUCCUGCCGGACGGGACUAUCGUGGACGCUCUGUCUACCCUGCGCAAGAACAACACUGGCUACGACCUGAAGCAGCUCUUCAUUGGCUCUGAGGGUACAAUUGGUCUGGUCACCGCUGUUUCUAUUCAGUGCCCCCCUCGCCCCAAGGCCGUCAAUGUAGCCUACUUCGGUCUCGAGAGCUUCGAGCAGGUCCAGCAGGCCUACCUUGCGGCCAAGGGCCAGCUCUCCGAGAUCUUGUCUGCGUUCGAGUUGAUGGAUGGUCGUAGUCAGUCUCUGGUCAUUGAAUCUACGGGCAACAAGCACCCUCUCGAGGGCGAGUACCCCUUCUACUGUCUGGUGGAGACCAGCGGAUCCAACGCCGAGCACGACAUGGCCAAGCUCGAAUCAUUCCUCGAGAACGUCAUGGGCGACGGAAUUGUUGCCGACGGUGUGCUGGCGCAGGAUGAGACCCAGUUCCAGGCCCUCUGGCGCUGGCGUGAGGGGAUCACCGAGUCCCUCAGCCACCUGGGCGGCACCUACAAGUACGAUGUGUCCAUCCCCCUGGCCGAUCUGUACCAGCUUGUGGAAGACUGCAAGGCUCGUCUAACCGAAAUGGGCUUUGUGGGUGACGAUGACUCCUUCCCUGUCCGCGCUGUUGUGGGAUACGGUCACAUGGGCGACUCGAACCUGCACCUGAACGUUUCCGUGCGUCAAUACAACAAGGAAGUGGAGAAGGCGAUUGAGCCCUGGGUGUAUGAGUGGAUCCAGCAACGCCAGGGCAGCAUCAGCGCAGAGCACGGGCUCGGUGUUGCCAAGCGGGAAUUCAUUGGCUACAGCCAGAACGAGACUAUGGUCAAGCUGAUGAAGCAGCUGAAGAAUGUUUAUGAUCCUAAUGGUAUCAUGAACCCUUACAAGUACAUCUAG